AUGUGUCCUACGAUCGUCAGUCGCCUGUCCGACGGGCCCGCGAUACUUCUCUCUCCUUCCCAAGACCGCGUCUUUGGUCAGCUCCCCUCCCAGUCUCUGCUGGAUGUCCACACUGACUUUCACACCUACUCGGGUACCUUCAAUUCCACAUUCGGAGCGAGCAAAUCAACACAGCCCGCGGUGCCCGUACAACCAAAGGUAUCUCGCAAGAGGUCGCGAGAUGAGUCGGUGGUUGAUGAGCUGCUCCUUGCAGAUGGUUCCUCUCCUCAGGAGGCGUCUGGAGAGGCACAGCCUUCCCUGAACAUGGCAGGCUCCAUUCCCUCCGGUCUGCAAAAUGGGUUGGGGCCCUCCAUUGCCAAUCCCGCUGGGGCCGUUGAGUCACAGCAGGGGGCUGCAGCUGUCCUGGACAGCCAAGGGAUCAGUCGCAAGGCACAGAGACUCGACGCUUCUACAUCGGGCUUUGGCCAGACCUCCGCGACUGGAAGUCAUGAAAGCGCAAGCGGUAGCAUUGUGGCAGAUCUGCAUCGCACAAGCCCGCCAUCACCGCCCGCAGAGCCUCUUGUUGACGAAGCAACGCGGCUACUUGGCAUUAGUUGGCAGCGUGUUGACACAGAUCCCGACAUGGCCCCUGCUGUCCGCGGCUGGACCAAGUACAUCGACAAUCAAUACUCUGCGCACUUGCACGACUCGCAAAUGCUGAUGAAGAGCCGCGCCUUGAGUGCCUACCUAGUUGCUGCCACACCAAAUUCCAGCUCCUGCACCAGCUUCUAUUUGUUCAAUGAAGACUUGACGCAAGGCCAGCUGGUGGCGUCUUCUUGGGAAGCCUGUCUGCACAACCUUCGCUAUACACCUCCUGUGUUUGAGGGGAACGCAGUCAUCGUGGCCGCCGGCCGUCCAGAGCCGACUUCCAAUCCUUUUACCUCUACGAGCGAAUCGGGCGUGCCCCUUUUGCAACAGGCCCUCUCCAGUCACACUCACGUGGCCCCGUGCGGUAUGACCGCGGGAAUGGGGCUGAACCAAGGCGUGGACAUGGGAAUGGAGAUCGACUCUUAG